AUGUCCGCCCCCAGCAAUGACAAAGACUGUCUCCAGGACUCGUCGCAGCAGCUAGACUACGUUCACGGUAGCUCACAUAAGGUCCUGAACUUCCAAAAUGCCAACUCACGGCGCUAUGCCGUCAACAACGAAGAUGGACACGCAAGCGGGACGGAAUGGGAGUGGUGGAGUCGCGAGAAUCGAAAGGAUACGCGAUUCGCCGCCGACCCGAGCACCGUCAGCGGCGCGAUAUCCUUCUUCCGUGGAAUGUUGUUUCUGCUGGGCGGCAUGCUCCUCGUAGUCGAAGCGGUGAACGCCAACCAGAGCGACUGCUUUGGCUGGGCGCUCAAGGAAAGCUUGAACUCCGACAACGAGAACAUCGAGCUCACGUCUCCGGACGAAGAGAAAGCGACGGAGAACCCUUCCGGCUUCCAACCCGACCGUCGAAACUGCACGCAUAUCCACAACCCCGACCGCAUGAAGCAUCGAAUAAUGCACACGAAGACGUUCAAGGUUGAGGCACGUCCCCAGUCAGGGCCUGAGCAAGCCUGGAAAUGGUGGCCCACGUGGCAGGAUGUUCGCGUUCACUAUCGUCGAGAGAUCGGUUUUAACGCAAAUCUCAUCCUCUUCAUCGGUACAGCCAUCUACUGGGUCACGAAUCUCCUCACCUUACCGGGUGUAUACAAGAAUCUCCCGCAAGGUGUGCUCUAUGGGCUAUACUAUCCUUCUUUCCUGCUUGGGGCUAUCUGCUUCCUGGUCGCUUCGAUACUAUACCUGUUUGAAGUGCAGCGCCAGUGGUGGAAGCCCGCGCCGCGCAUGGUCGGGUGGUGGGUUGGAAUGACAAAUCUGGUGGGUAGCAUAGGUUGGAUCUGGAGUGCUUGUCUGGGAUAUUGUAGCACAGGUUGGUGCGAGUAUCAGAGUACACUGGCUCUGGUAUGGGCACCCGCAGUAUAUCUCAUGGGCAGUCUGCUGAUGCUCUAUGAAGCUGUAGAGAAAUGGCCUAUCCAUAUCGAAGGUUAG